AUGUCGGUAGCAUUUUUGGCAGAUCCAACUCAAUCUCGAAUAUCGACUGAAGACUUACACAAUAUAGCUGAUAGGCUUGGGUUCAAAAUUCCCGAAGGGCCGGAGACAGAGGCCUAUUUGCAUCUACUUCAGUCAGCAGAAGCUGUUAUGAGACGAAUUCAAAGCGACGAAGAUUACAUACACCCCGCCCUGUCUCCAGUUGAAACCACGACAGAUCGAAAGUACUGGGAGCCAGAAAGCAAGGAUAAUCCUCUAAAUGCCUGGAAGCACCGUUGUGAACUUAUUGCGAGGAUCCCCAGCAACAAAUCCCUUCAAAACCGGACAAUUGCUAUCAAAGACAACAUAUCAGUUGGAGGAUUACCCACCACUGUUGGAACAUUCAAGGAGCUUUUAUGCGAAGAAGAUGGUAGUCUUCCGCUCUCUCCAAUAGAUGCCCCGGUGGUUUCACGUAUCCUGGAGGCUGGUGCGACGAUCAAAGGCUCUUCAAACUGUGAGAACUAUUGCGCAUCUCCCCUCUCGUUUAGUGCGGCCAAUGGGCCUGUUCACAAUGCCUGGAAGGGGGGAUCAUUUGGGGAAAUAGUUGAUCUGGCAAUCGGGGGUGACCAAGCAGGAUCAGUUAGGAUUCCAGCUUCGUACAGUGGAAUAUACGGUCUUAAGCCAACGUAUGGGCUCGUACCGUAUACCGGCGCAGUAUCUUUGGCGCCUAUGAUUGACCAUCUGGGUCCCCUUGCAAAUAACUUGGAAGACAUCGCAUUGUUGCUUCAAGUGAUGGCAGGCUAUGAUGGGAUUGACCCGCGCAUGACUCCAGAAUCACCGCUGAGAUCCCAGGUGCAGGAUUAUCCGCGACUUUUGUCCCAAUUUCGACAUCGCAAACUUGAGCAAGGAGAGGAUUUCGGCUCUGGGCUGACUAUCGGUCUUCUCGCAGAAUCAUUUGAAAUACAGGGGUUGUCUGAAGAAGUUCGCGAUACUGUUCGACAAUCAGCGCGAGAGUUCUUCACGGCUGCGGGGGCGAAAGUUGUGGAUAUCUCUAUACCGAAUCACCGUGACGGUAGUUUGAUCUGGACUGCUGCCACUCGAAUGUCCAUGUCGGAAUGGGUCUGCCAGGGCAAGACAUCCGGAUUCCUUUCUUUCUUGCCUCCGCACAUCCACCCUCGAUGGCCCCCUGACCAGAGGAUGUACGAACUGACCACGGCGACAAAUCCAGCUGCUGUCAACGUGAUGCUCAGCGGAUCGUUUCUCCAAGAGCAUUUUGGUCCCCAGGUGGAGGCCAAGGCCCACCGGAAGGUGUUUGAGCUUCGGGCGGCAUAUGACCAGGCGUUCAUGCAGGUAGAUAUCCUUGUCACACCUUGUGCACCCACGGUUGCGAUGCCACACCCCACGAUGCAGGUUAAUGAAGAUGGUUCCCCUUCGAGUGUCAUGGACAAACUGUCCGCCGCGGUUGGCGUGACGACGAACACGGCGCCGUUUAACGUUACUGGUCACCCUGCGCUGAAUGUGCCAUGCGGGUUCGGUCAAGACUCGAAUGCGUCCGAGGUUAAACUGCCGAUUGGCAUGCAACUCGUGGGACGUCGAUGGGAAGACACCACAGUGUUGAAAGCGGCGGCAGUGUUUGAAGAAGGCAGAAAGCGAAUGUACAUAGAUGGAGGUUGA